GGAGAAAACACGACCUUUGUCCUGUAUUACCAUCGCCCGGAAAUCCGCUACAAACACGCGGACACGCCAAAAACGGCUUCAUUUUCAAACCAUCUUUUUUCGCAACUUACGAUCUUAAUAAGAGUGAACCACUUUGACUUAAUCAAGAAACAGUUAUCGUCCGUUACUAUGGAAACUUCAAGCUGACGGAGUGUCGUCUGCUAGCUGGCGACAAGACCGGCGCUGCGGUAAGCGAACAAGUAACACUCACAUGAAUUCAUCUGGACUGGCCCAUGAUCGACUCGCUCGCCUGACUUACCAUCCAAGAUGGAGAUCAAGACAACAUCAAAACCCAGACCUUUGUGGAUGCUGUACAGAAAUUGUAGAACUAUAAGCUUUUUUGUCGUCUUUGUUGUAAGUGUUCUAAACUGUAGAGGCUCUUCUGCACAAUGUUUGAAAGGGUGUUAUCCAGAAUUUGUGGACCUCCUGCCAUCUUUGGACACAGCAGAACAGUUCCCAAGCAGAUCUCUCAAUGCCAGUUCAACUUGCGGAGACCCUCCAUCCGAGUAUGACACAAGUAAUUUCAUACAGAGAGCAACAGAGAUAUGUAAUGCUUCGGACCCUCUCUUUGCCCACCCUGUUCAAUUUGUCCAAGACAGUUUUACAGAGACGGUCGAAAUAUUAGGACAGGAUUACUCCAAUGUUAAACCCAACCUCACCACAUGGUGGCAGUCUGAGAAUGGUAAAACCAACGUGACCCUGACCCUCAGUCUACAAGAUGAGUUUUUAUUCCAGAGUAUGCAAGUGUCGUUCAAAAGUAAGAAGCCACUGGGCAUGAUAGUGGAGGCCCGCAAUACAAGAAAUGCAUCCACUGUGGAAGAAUUGUGGAGUCCCCUGCAGUAUUUUGCAAAAGACUGCUCAUUGAGUUUUCCUGGUGUACCAACAAAGGUUGACGAUCAGGAUCUGACCAUUCCAUUUUGCCAAGUAUUGGAAGAAUCAGCUGCAGAUGAACAGGAACAGCAACUGGUGCUGUACAACCCCUCAGUACAGUCAGGCGACUUCUUCUCAGAUGAAGCGGUGUACCGGCACUACAUGCUGACAGAUGUACGGGUGGUUCUAGUGUCACCUGGGGACACGGCCGAGGGGUCAGACUUCUUCGCUGUGUCUGACUGGGAGGUCAAGGGUCAGUGCUCCUGCUUUGGACAUGCAGCAGAGUGUACAGGGGAGAAUGAGAAUGUGUGCCAGUGUGCACACAACACCCAGGGAGUGAACUGUGAGGAGUGUCUGCCUCUGUACAACAACAGGCCAUGGAGGAUGGGAACACCUGACCAGGACAACAUCUGUGAAGACUGUGGAUGUCAGGGCCAUGCUAGCAGCUGUUACUAUGAUGCAGAGAAGGGUUACGGGGUGUGUGAGAACUGCACUGACAACACAGAGGGAGACAAGUGUGAUCAGUGCAGACCCUUCCACUACCUCAGCAUAGAGGACACACCGGAGCGAAACACUAUGGGAGGUGUAUGCAGAGGUAGGAACUGCCCUCUUUUCUUGCACUGGUAG